AUGGGUUUUUCAUUUUAUGUAGCACUUUUCAAAACGAUUUUCAGUCUUCUUUCAGUGCUCUUUUCUCUAGUAAAGUUUGUUCUGAUGCCGAAAAGAAACCUCGAUUUCGAUGACUCAAGUGUCGCGAAGAAGCAGUCAGUAGAAUUGACGUUUUUACCUCAUGCUAAUCCAAGCUAUUUUCAAUCUUUUGCUCACGAUUCGACAAUAACUUGCGUUGCAUCAUGUAAGUCUGUAGUAGUAACAGGAACAAAGACCGGUAGCAUUGCGUUCUGGAAAGAGGAAAACGGUUCCUUGACUUUUGUAAAGCAGUUUGUAGCACAUCGUAACAAUGCAGUAGCUCAAGUUACCUUCUCAGAAGAUGGCGAGAAAAUGGGAUCAUUAGGUGAAGGAGACAGUUCGAUAAAGAUUUUCGAUAUAAACACAUUUGAUAUGAUUCAGGUAAUAGAUUGUAAAAUACUUCCUAAAAUUAUUUGCUGGUGUAGUUAUGAAAAAGCAGAAAGGAUAAUAUUUACAGAGGGCAAAAACAUACAUAUUGUAGAACCUAAUGGAGAUGAGCAAGAAGAACCAAAAGAUUUGGUUCCUUCGAUCCAUAGAUUUCCCAUCACCAGUUUAGCCUAUAACGUGAAAUAUGGAUUUUUAAUAUCCGUAGAUAGUAAAGGCUUUAUUGAGUACUCUGUCCCAGGAGGAAAUUUUCAAUUGCCUAGUGGUAACGUUACGAAGUUUAAGCUGAAGACAGAGACUCAAUUAUUUGACUUAACGAAGAAUAAAGUUUCGUGCAACAAGCUAAUAUACUCAGAAACAUUUGACAAGUUUGCAACUGUUUCUGAAGAUGGAAUUAGAGUUUGGGAUGUUCUUACUGGUAAGAUUAUCAGGAAAUUUAACAAUGGAAUCAAUAUCAAAGGGUCAGUGGCAUUUGACCCUUCUGGACGAUACAUAGUCUGCACUAGUAGCGAGGAAGAUGGAGGAAUCAAGGUCAUAUCCAUAGAUUCAGAGUCCGUAGUAUGUACUUAUGGGCAACUGGACGCCAAGACGUAUAAUUAUCUGUUUAAAGAGUUUUGCUUGCUAAACAACUCAGAUAUUUCUAAUUUCACGAUAGAUAUGAUAUCUUCAGAAAACACCUUGUUGCAGUCUAAAUUACAGAGAAACCCCAUACUUGUUUGCGGUGCAGAGAACUCUAACAAAUUAUUCAUCUUUAAAAACCCCCCAGAUGUACCGGAUAAAAGUUCGAACGGGGAUGUGCCAGAACUCGGAAGAGACCGUUCUAUCCAAGUCAAUAAGACCAGUAUACUCAAAGAAAGGAGGAAGGGGAUUCUUUCUCAGCAUGAUAGAGUCACCAUACAUACCACUCUUGGCGAUAUCACGGUGAAACUUUUCAACGACCAAACACCGAAGACGGUGGAGAAUUUUCUUACCUUAUGUGCAAGGCACUAUUACGAUCAUAUUAUCUUCCAUAGAGUGAUCAAGAAAUUUAUGCUACAAACAGGUGAUCCACUAGGAGAUGGAACAGGGGGAGAAAGUGCAUGGGGCGGCCAUUUCAAAGACGAGUUCAAUCCGAUAUUGAACCACAACAAGCCAUUUAUGUUAAGUAUGGCCAAUGCAGGUGCGAAUACCAAUGGAUCCCAAUUCUUUAUAACUACGGAGCCCGCUCCUUGGUUAGAUGGGAAGCAUACGGUAUUUGGAGAGGUUAUAGAAGGCAAAGAUGUGGUUAGAGCUAUAGAAAGCGUGGAAACUGAUAAGAACGAUAAGCCAUUGGACCACAUAGUGAUAUUGUCCACAACUCAGCAUGAAAUAGACUAA